AUCGUCCCCCCAAGAUGGCUCCGCAGUCCGCGUUCCGGGUCGGACUCCUGGUGUCGUUCUCGGUGUUUCUCACCGUGGUGUUGGGCUUCGGGCUGCCGGCUCUCCUGAACGGGGCCAUGCGCCUGCUGGGUCUGCCGGAGACCAGUGUCACGGAGUGUAUCGUCCUGCUCUAUGCAGUUUUCGUGUUGUACGUGGCGCUGCCUCGGAUCCCCAGAGGACUGGUGCAGGUUCCAGGGAGAGCCGUGCUCGUCACCGGCUGCGACAGCGGUUUCGGGCACGCGCUGGCCAAACAUCUGCACCAGCUGGGCUUCACCGUGUUUGCUGGAUGUCUUCUAAAGGAUAAAGGCGGAGAAGGUGCAGAGGAACUUGAGGGAUUGCAUUCAGAUCGGAUGAAGGUAGUGCAGCUGGACGUGUGCUGCGACAAGGGGGUAAACAAGGCGGUGGAGUUCAUCAAAGAAAACCUGGAGGACUCACAAAGAGGUCUGUGGGCUGUGGUGAACAACGCCGGCGUAUCCACGUUUGGGGAGGUGGAGUUCACGUCUCUGGAAACCUACAAACAGGUGUCUGACGUCAACCUGUUUGGCACCAUCAGGGUCACCAAAGCCGUGCUGCCGCUAAUCCGCCGGGCAAAAGGCCGCGUCGUGAACCUGGCCAGCAUGUACGGGAGGAUGGGCAACGCGCUGCGAUCUCCGUACUGCGUAUCUAAAUAUGGCGUGGAAGCGUUCUCAGACUGCCUGCGCUACGAGAUGAAGACCUGGGGGGUUAAAGUGUCCGUAAUCGAACCGGGGAACUUCAUCGUGGCCACCGGCAUCCUAACCCGGGACAUCGUGGCCACCACAGCCAAUAAGCUGUGGAACGAGGCGCCCUCAGAAGUGAAGGAAGAUUAUGGGAAAACCCAUUUUGAGCAGCACAUGGCUCUGAUGCGCUCCUACUGCAACAGCGGAGAGAAGGACAUGGCCCCUGUUCUGGAUGACAUCACAGACGCCAUCGUGUCCAAGCGUCCUUAUACGCGGUACAACCCCAUGGAGCCACACUGGUGGAUCAGAAUGCAGGUAAUGACCCACCUGCCUGGCGCCAUAUCCGACUUCCUGUACUUCUAGAGGACGAGCUGCUCCCGUUCUCGGUUCCUGCAUCAGAUCAGAUCGCAGUGUAUUCUGUGUAGCAUUAUGCAGAUCUACAGACUUCACCCGGAUGUGGGUUUCCAAUUUGUGUUCAACACUUGAAAUCAUUCACUGAUCCAGCCUUAAAAUUAGUAAAUGACGGCACCGUAUUUCUUCAUACAUCUGCCAGGAAUCCUAACUUUGAUCAGAUACACUCCAGUGAGUAGUAGCUACUUAAUUUGUGUCAGAUCCUCUAUGAAAUGCUGUUACAACCACUACACCUGUGUUGCUUGUAUGUCCUGUCUCUUUUUUUCUUUUACAAAUCUGUGCUCGUCUCUUUCUUAUUCUUCCUGAUACUUUCAAUGUUUUGAGAAUAAUCCAGGGCCCUGCUGGCAUGACGACCUGAGCUGAAAGGCUCAUACUGUUCCUUUGUGGCUCACACCGGAACAAACCGGGGUCGGCUUCUGUAAGGCCGUGCUGAGAUUUGGCCCAACUUGCCCCAAAAGUUACAUAACAAUUUACACAAGUGUACUUUGUUUCAUAUGCUCCAUGAGAUCCAGCGUGCUACUGUUGACAACCGAAGUCCUUCAGUGGGAUUAACGGGGUGUUUUGGAAGAAAAAGGUUGCCUGCCACCCUGAUUUUUUUUUUGAUGAUAUAGUAUUUUGUAUGGAGAAUUAUGUAAAUGAAAAGAGCAUUUUACUUUUAAAAUAUAACAAUUAGUGUCUCUUUUUUCAAA